CUUGGGCUCAUGCGGAAGCCCAGGGAAGUCGGAGAGGUCUCGGAAUCCGGAAGCCCUCGCCGUGUCCCUCUCUUGCCGCCCCCUACCCUCUCGCUGCCCCUACUCAGUGCGCGGCGUUGUGGCCAUACCGACGCCUUCUUUUUCCUGGAGCUCGGCAGAUCGGCGCCCACGGGGCCGGGGGAGCUGUGGCUGCAGGCUCCCGACGCACUGGUGGCCUGGAAUAUCCAUGAGAAAGUGCUGGACGCAAUGAAACGGCUUGAUGGGACCAGGCUGGGCACCGAACAGCAACUUCGGGGACCCUCUCCCGCUGCCCCUAUGUCCUCGGCCCUGGCCCGACCCGAGCCUCCAACCAUACCGGCUGCUCGAGCCUACCAGGGCCAUGAUUAUAUCCAGAUGAGCCCCCCGCGGGCCUGGGGUGUGGCUCGAGAAGAGAACCACCCGGGUAGCUAUGUCCUCAAGGCAGAGGUGGGGCUGGAGCCCAGUGGUCGGGGGAACUACUUAGCUACGGAGGCCGAGGGCGAUUAUGUGUCCGUGGGAGGCACCGAGGCCAACGAAUACAUGGUGAUGGAGUUGCCCUCGACGUACACAUCGCUUCCUAAUACUACAUCCCUGAGUCGGCCAUUCGGAGACUGGGGUGGCUCGGAAUAUAUGACCAUGGAUCGGUCUUUCCCGGAGUCUCCAAGGAACUCCUCCAGCUCACUGCCCCAGUACUCAGAGCGGCAGCACAGGGUAAUAAAGCUGCUUCCCCCUGGCAAUCCGCCGACUUGCAAAGAUAGCCGAAGCGGCAACUGUGAUCACCAGGAUGCCAAUAUACUGACGACACGCCGGGCUCCGGAGCCUUCAGGGGAAUACGUAUGCAUUGAAGGUCCAGACUACAUAGCCAUGGAGGCCGGCAGUGCAGAGGAGACUCCCACUGCCAACCGGGAGAGCAUCCUCAACUACGUCGACCUGGAUCUUUCUGGGCAGGAAGGACAAAGCAAUCAGGCCCAGGCUCAGGCUCGUCCUCCGGACCCUACCCGUGGGGCCCGACCCCAUAGCUAUGCCAAGAUCAAGUUCGGGAGGCUAGGGGAAGAGGAGUCCUGACUACAGGAACGAGGGGAAUUCCCCUGUGGCAACUUCCCUGAGGUGCUUCUUUCUUCCUUACCCCUUCCAUAUUGGUGUUUUGAAUUCCUGGAGUAUUAGUACUCUCCAACAACCAGAUCUGCAACCCUGUCCGUAAAGAUGAAUGUUGUAGCAUCUACGUAGAUGAGCCCCUCUGCUCCUGCAUUACUCCUGAACAAAUUUCCUUGAGCCUGGAGGAAUCUUAAGAGCAGCUCUCCCUUGGUAGCUAGUAAGGCCCUCAGAGAAAAUCACCCUGUAAUUUUGGGUGUAGCCCCAUUAACCUCUGGGAACUUCCUUUCCCCCACACCUCUGCUCCCAUGGGGGCCCCCCAGAAACACGAAGAGCUCUUAUUAGUCUUAGUUAUUAGAGGCAAUGUAGCCCUGGCAAAUGAUAGAACCCACCUCUUAGACUGCACUAAUUCAUGGCACUGGGUCCAGCCCCUUCUGCACCUACUCCAGUGAUUUUCUCAUAUUCUAGCUCAUAAUCCCCUAGCUAUGGGGUGGAUGAUGAUAGCAGCCAGUAGAACAUUCAUUGCUAGAGGAAAGGGGGAAGAUCUGGAUGACUUGUCAUCCCCAAUAAUCAGACUGCUAAUGUCAUACUAGAGCCUCUGUCACAAAUAGUAUUUAGACUAUACACAGCUAGAGUAGGAUUCUUCAUAUUUGUAUCCCCAGUACUUAGCUAUUCGUGCUGGGAAUGAUGAAUUAAAUACUUUUCUAUUGUGGGACACUCGAA